AGAAAACUUCGAUAUGGAUCUGAAUCAAAAGGAACAGUACCGCGCCUUGAUGAAGAAAUAUAGAAUUCAUUUUGAUGGGCCAGUCACCCGAAAUGCAUGGCCUGCUAGUCAUACAAAGACCUUCAGCGAUAUUCAAAAGCUCGGCCGCAUCGAUUUUUCACUCUAUCAGGAGAGCAUCAGCGUCGAUUCAGAUUUCCAUCCCUGGAGAGAGCAAACUAGAAGACGGGCGGAACGAAUUGCGGAGCUGGCAAUGCUGUGCUACAGAGGCAGGAGGAACGAGGCAGGAUGGAGACUCUUACUCGAGUCUGAAAUCCUUGUACGAUUUACUAUUGAAGUCACAUGCCGUUCCUGUCGGGCCCGACUCUGGAGAUCGGAGUUGGAGGCUUCUCUAAGCGCGCCAAACCAGUUUGCAGAAUCCUUAGAGGAACGACGCAAAAGAAGGUUGCCAUGCUCUUGCAACCCUACCCGAUGGAAAGAAGAACCUCAUGAGCAGGGUGUAUCGCUACUAUUCGAUGAUCGAGCAGAAGAGGAGAUCCUUCACUCUCCGACAGUGAUGGCCGAUCUACCUAAAAAAAGAGAAAAGCCUGAUCGAGUGUAUGGUCUCCGAAUCACCAAGAGACUUGAGCGCCUGUUGCUAUGGUCUGAAGAUAAACGGGCAUCUUCUGGCGGUAAAACAAUCGGAGAAAGCAUUAGGUCCACCCCAUUUCGCGCCGACGGAGAGCCUGUCCUCUUCCCCUUUCUUGUAAUUGAGGCUAAGUCCGAGAAAGGCCGAGAAGGGUUCAGCGAUAUUGAGGUUCAAACUGCCUUUGCUAUCCGAACUUUGCUCGAGCUUCAGCAGGACUUGGCCGAUGCUGUCGGUGAGGACAGUAGCUCCGAAACCAGUCCGUUGGUUUGGUUCUUAUCCUACAGGGGGGAACAAUGGCGAGUCUCCGCAGCAUUUAUCAAGUAUGAUGCUGGUGUCAAGACCUACCGGAUUGUAGAUCUAUGGGAUGGCCGGCUCGUACCAAAGGAGGGAGCUCUUCGCCUACUGCUAAUUAUCGACUACAUCUUCGAUUGGGCACGCGAUAUAUAUCGCGAGACCAUUAUUUCCGAGCUUCGAUCCCUCUCGGCGAGUGACACUCAUAGUCUGUCAAAUGACAGUGACGUAAUAUCCAUGCUAGAUCGCCUAAACUUUUCGAGCAUGGAAAUAGGUCUUGACGACAAUACCCAAGAACCAGCAAAUGAAAUCCCGCCGGUCGUGGGAAGUGUUUAUCACCGGUUAGACAGCGCUUACGGUGCCGUUCGCGAUGCAAGAAGCAUACGAUCCCGUUUCAUGUCGCUCUACAUCACCGAAGACAAUCUAUCAGCAUUCAUGACGUCGAUGAGAACAACUGAACAAGCCAAAAGUGCUGCGCGAGCUAUCUUACGAUUUCUAAGGGACUGUUGGCGCGUCAGCGCAGAAGCGCUCGAUAACAUCGAACAAAUGUGGACAGGAAAAGAUAGGGAGAACGAGAACUUGUACAGGCCGACAAAAUGCUUUUUGGUUAUGGUCACGUUAUCGGCUUACCUCUCGCCGUCCUGGGAGCAGACAAGGGAGCUGAGCUAUCUAGCAGUCUCAGUGGACGCCAUUGAAGCUCUUGUACGGCACGCAGACCAGAAAAUUGUCGGCGAUUGGAAGGUUUCUCAGCUUCCCUACAUCGACAAAGACGUCUUCGUGGGUUGGUUUAGAGCGUUUCGGAGCAUAACUAUUGAGGACAAUCUGUUCGCGACUAUCUCACGGGCAUGUCUCUCAAGUAGGCUAUUUUCCCAGGAAUCAAACAGGAAAAAGACUAAAGAGUCAUCGAUGGUCUGGUUAACG